AUGAAGCUAAACAUUUAAAAACUAAACUUUGAAAAGACAUAAAAAUAGCAUGAUGAAAUGAUCGAGAUUUUUCACUAACGAAUGAAAGAAAAAACUUUAACAGAAGAUGAAUUUGGUACAAAAGGAGCCUCACUAAAUAGAAUGCAAUCGUCUUUUUAGGAAUUAAGCUCAAAGAUAUUUUAGGAUAAUAAUUUAAGCAUUAAAAUUGGCAAUAUAGGUCAAAUAAUAGAUAGUAAGAAGAGACUUUAAUGCAAUAAUGAAGAUAGCUAACUCGAAUUUAUUUAAAGUAAGAUUGAUAUAAAUUAUGUAUAAAAUGACAAUUUCAAUAUUUCUGCUAAAGAUAAAAAGCAGCUUUAAAAUUCUAUGACUUCUUCUAUUUAGAAUGUAAAUUAAUAGCCUAUUUUUCAAGAUAAUCCAGACAAUAAAAGCAUGGUUUCUUCAAUUUAGGAUUUAAAUAGCAGUUGCUUAAAUUAAAAUUUGAGUCCAACAUUUCGAAAUAGAAAAAAGAACAACGAAUAAUCAGACAUUCUUGGACAAUAAAAAAAGAAUUAAUAGUUAUCUGGUGGUAGUGAUAUACAAAGCAAUUAGAUUUCUUCAAAAGCAAAAAUAAAGCAGGAAGACCAAUAAGUGAGAGAGCCUUCUAUUUCGAUUAAUGAUAAGUUAGACAAUAAUCAAGAUUAGACACCACUUAAAUUAUUCAAUGCUAAAGGUAGAACUUUCAAGUAAAAUAAAUAAAACGAGUCAUAAUUUAGUGGAAUAGGUAUGGAAAACUCAAACUAAAAGUAGAAGUAAAGUUAGGCAACUUUUUAAAAUGAGAAUAGAAAAAAAUAAUCAAGAAAAUUCACAGAAAUGCCUAAAAAGCAAAAGAAGACAAAUUUUAUCCACAUCAUAAUGAAAAUGAAAAGUUACGCGUAUAAAAUGGCUUCAAACAUAUAAUCUAAAAAGCUGGCUAUACUGCAAAGAUAGAAGUUCUUUUAUUUAAGAGACAAAACAAUAAACUAUAACAAACAAGAGAAAGAGGACUUCGAGUUUUAUGAUUAUAAUCGCUUUUAAAAGUUUAUUCUUCUAAUUUUUUAGUAAACUUAGUCAAUAUUCUUCGCUAAAAGAUUGUUGCAUAGAAUUCCUACUAUUCCUUUAUUUCUACCUCAAUCUAUCUGGAAAUUUGUAUGGGAUAUUUUUAAUAUGAUUAUUGUGAUUGUCUUCUUCUUUUAUUUGCCUCUUUAUUUUAUAUAUGGAAUUCAAUUUAGUACUGUUUUUUACCUUCAAAAUCUUGAUAUUAUGCUUGUUAUUAUUGCUACUUUAGAUGUCUUUGUCAAUUUGAAUACAGUUUAAUAUAGGAAGGGAAAUCUUCUACAUUCAAGAAGUCUUAUCUUGCUCGAGUAUUUCUCAAAGAAUGGUAUUCUUAACAUGCUUUUCGUUACAAUUUUGUGGAUUGUAGUAGCCUCUCAAAGAAUCUAGAUUUAAUUAAUUUAAAAUUAUAGGUUCAGUAUCAUGUUUUUUGCCGUUGCGCUGUUUAAAGUUUUUAGACAAAACUCUUUUAAGAACAGAAUUUACGAUAGGUUUUAUUUGAGAAAGAUAAACAGAGGAUUUAUCAGUUUGAUGCAAAUAUUCUUCAAUUUAUUCAUAGUUACCCAUUUAUUUGCUUGCAUUUGGCUGAUAGUUGGUAAAAUUAAUUAAACUGAAGACUCAAUUUUAUGCGCUUAAUAAAAUGCUUAUAAUAAUUAUAAGAAUUGUACUUACACUUGGCUAGAUAAGUUGAGUGGAGCUUAAAACCUUACAUUCUAUGAGUAAUAUUUGAGAGCGUAUUACUUUUCAACUGUAACGAUGAUUACUGUGGGGUACGGUGACAUAAUUCCAGUUAAUAGCCAAGAGUAUUUGCUUUCUAUUUUAACCAUGCUUAUAGCUUGCGGAAUGUUUGGAUACAGCUUAAAUUCAAUAGGAUAGAUUUUAUCAGAAAUGGACAUCAAUAACAAAGAAUAUGAUGAGCAUUUUAAUGCCAUUUAUGGUUUCAUGUAUAAAAAGAAUAUAUCAACAGAUCUAUAGGUUUAAGUGCGUGAGUAUUUGCAAUAUUUUUUUAUCUAAUCAAACCAAGAAGACAUCCAGAAAUAGUAAAAAGUCAUCUCUUUACUCCCAGAUUCCCUCCAAAACUAAAUAAUGCUGGAGGCAAACAAAAUAAUAUUCGAAAAUUCAAAUCUAUUCAAAAUGAAUUUCAGUGAAUAGAUAAUAUAAAAGACUAUAAAGAUUAUUGAGUAGAGAGAAUUCAGACCUGGUCAAAAAAUUAUAGUCUAAGAUGUAGAAAACGACAAUUCUAUUUAUUUUAUUGAAAAAGGGAGCGUAGAAGUUUACAACAGCAACAAUAACGAAGGACUCAAGCUACUCCACAAAGGAAAUUAAUUUGGUGAAAUUUAAUUCUUUACUGGUCAAACAAGUUAAUUAUCAGUUAGAAGCAUUGAAUUCACCAAACUCUUAGCUAUCAAAAGAAGCAGCUUUUUCGAACUAGUCUAAAGCUCGCCCUUAGAUUUAGAAAGAUUUUGUAUGAUUAAAGACUCAAUACUAAUUAACAAUAAAUUAGACAUGGUAGGCAUCUUCUGCUACUGUUGCAAAUCCAGUAAUCAUUUAGUUACUUAAUGCAGUUUUAUUCAUCUCUAACAAGAUAAAUACAAAAUAAUAAAGGAGUAUGUUAAAAAUGAUUUCUAAGGAAGAGACAAAGAUAUUUAAAGAAGAGGCUACUCUUAUGAUAGCUUAUAAAUAAAAGAUUAAAUUGAUGAGAGUGCUAGACAAUACGUUGAAGAGAAUAUUGAGGAAUUAUGUACUAAAGGAUGGUUUAAUGAUCUUGUUUAGCAAGAAUAUCAGAAUUAAUUGGCCUAAUUCAAAAAUAGCUAUGGAAAUCCUAGUCGAACUAGUUUAAAAAAUAUCAAUUAGCUGCAAAAUCAGUAUUACUUUUAGAAAACAAAGACAAAUCAAACCCUUUAAAAGUAAUUGUCCAAUAUAAAAUUUCAAUAUUAGAAAGUCAAGAACACAAUCUCGAAUAUUUAGGAAAGCCAAAAUAUGAAUACUUAUAUUGAAUUACACCCGUUUGAUAAAUCAAGUGCUCACAUUUAACCAAGAUCUAAUAACAAUUUUUAGCAUGCCUUUUCAGGCUAUAAUGAUGAAUUCUCUUAAAGUUUACAAGCCUUUAAUUUUAACAAAAAAGUACAGUUUUCUAUCAACUCCUUGUAGGAAAAUAGUAAUGAUGACAAUUAAACCGAUAACAAAUCAUUACAAGUUUAAUAGUGCUAAUCUUAACAAGUUAUUAAUUAUGGCAAUAAUCCUAUUGGAUUUCAUCAUUACUAGUCAAACUUAGGAGAUUGUUCUUUUACUCCUAGUAAUAGAUAGCGCCAGUAAUCUAAUUAUUCAGAAAAAUGCACAUCUCCAAAGUCCACAUAAAAUAAUAUCCUUGUGAAUGUUAAUAGUGCAAAUUAUUACCACCAAAAUAAUCCAUAAAACACCUAAGCCUCCUAAAAUAUCUAAUGCUACAAUCCAUAGACAAGUAAUUAUUGCAUUAAUGAUAUAUUGCAGUAAUUUGCAAGCUUUGAUUCAUCUAAGUAGAUAAACAUAAAUAAUUAAGAUACUUUCUCUUAAGUAAGCUAUUAGAAUACUCAAUACGAUAAUCAAUUUUAUAAUAGAUAUAAGAGUUAGUCGAAAUCACCUAAUUAAAGUGAUCAGCAGCAAAGACAUAAAGAAUAUAUUAAUUCAAAAGAAAACAUCAAAAAAAGUACAUUAAAAUCUGAAAUUUUCAACAAGAAAGUAUCAAUAAAUCCAUUAAUAUUAAGUAAAUAACUAAGCAAUAUAAACCAGAAGUAUACAAAUGAGGCAUUGAUUAAAUAAUUAAAAGAAUUAGUUCAAAUACCUCACAACAUAAAUACAUAAUAAGAAAACUUUUUAUUUGACAUACUCAAAAGCUACUAAUUUUAUAUGCCUUAAAAUAAUUAUGAAAGAGUUAUUCUGUCAUUUAAUGUUUUAAUGAGAAAAAAUUAGGCAAAUCUAUCAAAUUAAAAUACAAAGAAAAGUCUCCAGAAAAAUAAAUUAAAAAACAUUGUUAAAGCUUAAAUUAAUAAGCCAAUUUAGUUUUACAAAAAUCUACUCAAAUAAAAUGAGUUAGAAAACAAAUAAUAAGAUUCAAAUAUAGAAGAAAACCAUAAAAAUAAUUCUACGCAAUGA